CAAUUUUGACCACUUUUUCAACUUUUUAAAAAGUGUCUAGAAAUGCAACCAAAUAUGCUCAAAAAACGAAAGAAAUCUGUCUUACCUUAUAUUUGAAGCCAUUUUCAGCAUCCCUCUUUAUCCCUUCGUAUCCCUUUACUUCACAUUACAUCCUUGAUUCUUUGUAUUUGGAAAAAGAAAUAAAGUGACAUGUUUUCAAAUUCUUUGUUGUCAAUAUUUUGCUCAAAAUAAAAGCGAGAAUUUGUUGUGAAAGGCAGUUCGAGAAGUUCAGUAUAAACGACAUAUCGUUCAAAGACUGUUGAAGACGAUUUUCGAAGAUUUUUCUGGGUUUUUGGAGACGUUUUAGUAUAUUUUUUAGCGUUUUAAUUCGAGACUUCGAGUUUCCACAUCUGUCGUUUUGCUCUGUGUAUUAAAUGUGUCCAGAGAAUAUACUCCGCUUUAUCGACGCGAGUAGUCUUUUUGGAAAGAAGCCCUUACAUCAGAACAGUAUAAUAUACAAAACAAUCAUUAUAAACCUUAUUUUUGGCUAAACUCGACACUUCAACAGCGCUGGUUUUGCGCCAUAUUUUGUAUCAACGUAUAAAGUCAACAUAACAGGCGAAAUAAAAAACAAGCUCUACAAACAUGAAAUUGUUGGAAAAUGCCGGAUUUGAGUCCCUGACGAAUACUCUGUCGCUUCAAGCAACAGAUAUCCGUAUAGAUGGACGGAUAGAAAGCUAUUCUUGCAAAAUGGCUGGAAAUGAUAAAAAGCUUUACAAAAUGUUGAACCAAGAGGGACAAAAUCCAAAUGAUCUGCAAGUAUUGUCCCCACCACAGACUGGUCAACCUUGCAGUAUCUCACCUACACAUGGAAUGAAUUAUGGUUCGUAUGAAAAGGAAAUGGCCGAUGCCUGUAGUCGAAAGACAUUGUUUCACUUGAAAUCAACACUGAAUGCUUCAUUCCAACCUGAUUAUGACUUCAGCAAUGCCAAAUCUGAGGAAUUCAGCCGUGAGCCGAGCCUGCAAGAAGUUAAAAAUUUCAUUGAUAGUAGUUUAAGUGGUGUCCUAGGAGAGGCCUACAGUCAGUUCAAACUUCACCUCUGGGCUGCUAUUGAAGAGGAAAUUCAGUUAUCAGAGUGCACUGUGUACAGUUACAAUCCAGACUUAAGCUCGGAUCCCUAUGGAGAAGAGGGAUGUUUGUGGUCCUUCAACUACUUCUUUUACAACAAGAAAAUGAAAAGAAUUGUUUUCUUUACCUGCAGAGGAAUGUGUUUGUCCGCUCUUGAUCCUAUGAAUGAAAGUGAUGACGAAUUGGAAUUCGAGAUGGAUCCUUUAGAUUUAUCAGAAAACACUGAAAGACUUACUCCAAUGAUGGUGGUGUAAAGAGAAUCCUGAAAUCUGUGCAACUUAUGGGUUGACAGAAGAUCAUAUUUUAACUUAUUAUUUCACAG